CAGCUAGCUGAGUCCUAUUUGUUCUCUGGGAAGAGGGCAAACAGCUUGUGACUGCAGGAAUCCAAAUAGGGUCCCAGUGGUCAGGCAGGGAGAAAGGAGGACUGGACAGAACAGACAGGCUGCUAAAAACAGCUGCUGAGUUGGCUUCCAGUUCUCAUCAAAACCACCCCUCUGAUUCUAGAGGGAAACUUGAAUCAUGAAGCUAAUUACUAUACUGUUCCUCUGCUCCAGGCUGCUCCUAAGUUUAGCAGAGGAAGAAACCACCCAGGAAAUCGACUGCAAUGAUGAGGAUGUGUUUCAGGCUGUGGAUGCUGCUCUGAAGAAGUACAACGCUAGGAACCAAACUGGCAACCAGUUUGUGUUGUACCGAGUGAUGGAGGGCACUAAAAUGGUUGGUUCUGACACAUUUUACUCCUUCAAGUAUCAGAUCAAGGAGGGCAACUGCCCUGUUCAGAGUGGCCUCACCUGGCAGGACUGUGACUACAAGGACGCCGAGGAAGCCGCCACUGGAGAAUGUACAGCAACAGUGGGGAAGAGGGGAGCUAAGAAAUUCUCUGUGGCUACCCAGACUUGCAAGAUCACUCCAGGUAAUGGACCCGUACUCACAGCCCAAUACACGUGUUUGGGCUGUGUACACCCCAUACCACCUGAUAGCCCUGAACUGGAGCCUGUCCUGAAACACGCAGUCGAGCAUUUCAACAACCACACCAAGCAUUCCCACCUCUUUGCUCUUGAAGAAGUAAAAGCAGCCCAGAGACAGGUGGUGGCUGGACUGAAUUUUGAAAUCACCUACUCAAUUGUGCAAACUAAUUGUUCAAAGGAGCAGUUUCCACUCUUAUCUCCAGAGUGCAAAUCCCUUGCGGAUGGAGAUGUUGGGGAGUGUAGAGAUAACGCCUUUGUGAAUAUCAAUCAAAAAAUUGCUGAUUUCUCCCAGAGCUGUGACAUCUAUCCAGGAGAGGAUUUGACACAACCACUUCCCGAGAGCUGCUUUGGAUGCCCCAAGAACAUACCUGUAGAUAGUCCUUUGUUGACAGAGCCUCUCGGUCAUGCCAUCAAAAAGUUUAACACAGAGAAUAACCAUUCUUUCUUUUUCAAGAUCGUCACAGUGAAAAAAGCGACAUCCCAGGUGGUAGGUGGAAUGAAGUAUUUUAUUGAGUUCAUAGCCAGAGAAACGAAAUGUUCGAAGGAGAGUAACACAGAACUGAAAGAAGAUUGUGAAGUCAAGUCCACUGGUCAAAGUCUCAGCUGCAGUGCUAACGUGUACAUGAGACCGUGGGAGAACAAAGUCGAACCGACUGUCAAGUGCCAAGUAUUAGAACUGAUGAGGAGACCUCCAGGCUUUUCACCUUUCCGGUCAGUCCAAGUCCAAGAAGCAAAAGAAGGAACAACUGUAAGUCCACCCCAUACUGCCAUGGAGCAAGAAGAGCAGGAAGCAGAGCAUGAGCCAAGAGCCGCUGAGGGGCAGGAGAAACAGAAAAAGCAUAAGAUUGACCACGGUCAUAAGCAUGGGCAUGGCCAAGGCCAUGGGCCCCCAAAGACACAUGGCCUUGGCCUUGGACAUCAGAAGCAACAUGGCCUUGGCCAUGGACAUCAGCUUAAAUUGGAUUAUCUUAAACCCCAAAGGGAAGACACUUUUGACCAUGAACAUAGAGAGGAACAUGCUCAUAAGCAUGGUCAUGGGCACAGUAAACACAAAAAUCAUAACAGGAACAGUGGCAAGCACACUGAGGAGAGAGCAGAGCCUGUGGCAGGCGCUUCUGAAGACAGCUCUACAUCCUCCACACAGACACAGGGGAGGACCACCCCUAGCCCUACCCCAGCUCAGCCCCGUGUCGCGGUUACCCCUUCUGACUUUCAGAACUCAGAUUUAAUCGAUGGUGUGGUGGCUACCACACCACCAUAUGCCAUGGAGGCCUUUGAUGAUUUCAUCCCUGAUAUCCAAGUCCAACCAGAUAGCCUUUCAUUUAAGCUGAUAUCUGACUUUCCAGAAGCAACAGCCCCCAAAUGUCCUGGACACCCAUGGAAGCCAGUUAGUAGAAAGGAUCCAACCACAGAAAUGGGAGAAUUUUCUGAUUUUGAUCUCACUGAUGCUCUUUCUUAACUUAUACAGCCUGCUAGCUCAGAGAGGUAGAGAAAGCAUCCAGCUGACCUUCCUCUUCCACUGGUCUCCCAGGAGCCAGUGUCUCAAAUAAGUCAUCGCCAACUCAAUGUCUGUCCCCUCUGCUUCUUCUAAGUCUCUCUAUCCAUCCUCCUGACUUCCUCUGACUUUCUACGUGUUUUCCUGAUAAUCUAUGUUCACUUCCUGUCAGCUGUUUGCUCUCUCUGCCCCUUGACCUAUGACUGAUUGUAUUUAAUCCUGUUUCUGAUACUCAGGCAGAAAGCUCUCGUAUUAAAGGUGUGUGCUAGGGCUGAGCCACACCACAACGAGAAACAGGUUUUUUUUCCAGUAAAUAAUGAAAUCUCGGGGUUCACAGUGUGUUCAAAUAUCCUGUAAAACUACAGCUUUUCGUUCCCAUUGGUGAGUCAACCAGACUCCAUUAGACAAUUCCAUGCCCAAGGAAACUAAGACACUCUAGUGGUCACUAAAUGAACAAACAAGAUAAAUGGACCUAUAGGGGGGGAGGGGGCACUAACAGAUAUGGGAGGGAAAAAACAGAGAGUGGGGAUAAGAACAAUCAGAACAUGCCAGGCAGUGGUGGCGCAUACAUUAAUGCCAGCACUUGUGAGACACAGGCAGGCAGAUCUCUGUGAGUUCGAGGCCAGCCUAGUCUGCAGAGGGAGUUCCAGGAUAGUCUCUAAAAGCUACACAGAGAAACCCUGUCUUGAAAAACCAAUGAAAAAGCAUAAUCAGAAAUAUAUAUGUGAAAUUGUCAAAGAACAACAAACGUGUGUACAUAUAUAGAUAUAUAUGUACAUGUAAAUGAAUAUAUGUAUAUAUAUGAAAUUGUCAAAGAAAAAUUUAGCUUGCUAAAAAUAUUGACAACAAAGAACCAAAACAUAUAUAAAAGUGAAAAGUUUGACAAUACUGUAAGGAUUAAUGGGACUGGAGAGAUGGCUCAGCAGUUACAAGUACUCACUGGCUGCUCUUUCAGAGGUCCUGCGCUCAAUUACCAGCAACUACAUGGUGACUCACGGUGGUAAAGAAAUCUGGUACCCUCCUCUGACAUAAGUCAUACAUGCAGAAACAGCACUCAUAUACAUUAAAUAAAUAAAUCUUUAAAAGAAGGAAUCACCAAAAUGUGAAAGAGACAGAAAGGGAUUCCCACACCACUGAAUAAAUGUUAUGAAGGGAGUCUCAUACUGCAGAGUUGCCAUAAUCCUUGGAUUUAGAAAAAGCAAAAUAUCUACAGACAGGAAUAAAGUCAAGAGCAGGGAGGGAAAGUAACAAUGUGGCUUUUAACAACCAUGUCAUGCUGCGAAUCCAUGCAUUGCUGCUGUUUGGAUUACCGGAAGCAUUGAGCUCCGAGUGUUUCUUUCAUUUCAAUAUUGUCUCCAUUUUAAAAUAAAGAACCAGUGACACCAGGAAACCUUC